AUGAAAGAAAUACUAAAGGAAAUACCAAAGAAUGAUUUAAUGAAAGAAAUACUAAAGGAAGUGGUGUCAAAUGGAUACAUGAUAAGGAAGUUAAGAAUAAUCGGUGGAACUGAUGAUGGUUAUGGAUCUGGAAAACCAGGACCACCAGGGCCUAGAGGCCCAAGAGGAGGUAAGGGAGAUAAAUGUGACACAGAAGCUGCGGGGGCUCAAGGAGAUACGGGUCCUGGAGGACCAAAGGGAGAAAAAGGUGAUACAGGAGUUACAGGGGCUCAAGGAGAUACGGGUCUUAGAGGAUUAAAAGGAGAGAAUUGUUAUGAGGGUCCUAGUGGACAUGACAGAAAUGAUGGGACCAAUGGAAGCGAUGGUGCGCCUGGAGCCACAGGAGCUCAAGGGCCUCGAGGACCUCAAGGACAUCAGGGACCUCAAAGACCUCAAGGCAACAAAGCAUUAGAGGUCUAA